ACCCCCGCUCAGUUCCUUGUCCCCCACUCUCCCAACUGCGCAGGCGCUCUGGGCCCUAGCCCUGCCCCAGCGAUGGCUCCUGGGGCUCCCUCAUCCAGCCCCAGUCCUAUCCUGGCUGCGCUACUCUUCUCCUCCUUGGUGCUCUCCCCUGUCCAGGCCAUUGUGGUCUACACAGACAAGGAGGUCCACGGUGCUGUGGGCUCCCAGGUGACCCUGUACUGCUCGUUCUGGUCCAGUGAGUGGGUUUCAGAUGACCUCUCCUUCACCUGGCGCUACCAGCCCGAAGGGGGCCGUGAUGCCAUCUCGAUCUUCCACUACGCCAAGGGACAGCCCUACAUCGAUGAGGUGGGGACCUUCAAAGAGCGCAUCCAGUGGGUAGGGGACCCUCACCGGAAGGAUGGCUCCAUUGUCAUACACAACCUGGACUAUGGCGACAACGGCACUUUCACCUGUGACGUCAAAAACCCCCCAGACAUAGUGGGCAAGACCUCUCAGGUCACGCUCUAUGUCUUUGAAAAAGUGCCUACGAGGUACGGGGUGGUGCUGGGAGCCGUGAUCGGGGGCGUCCUGGGCGUGGUGCUGCUGGCGCUGCUGCUUUUCUACCUGAUUCGGUACUGCUGGCUACGCAGGCAGGCGGCCCUGCAGAGGAGGCUCAGUGCCAUGGAGAAGGGCAAAUUGCACAAGACUGCGAAGGACGCCUCAAAGCGCGGCCGGCAGACGCCGGUUCUGUAUGCCAUGCUGGACCACAGCAGAAGCACCAAAGCUGCCAGUGAGAAGAAGACUAAAGGGCUGGGGGAGUCUCGCAAGGAUAAGAAAUAGCGGUUAGCGGGCCGGGCGGGGGAUCGGGGGUUAGGGGCGGAGGCUUCCAAAGGCCCUCGGGUGGUGGUCAUCGAGAUGGAGCUACGGAAGGAUGAGCAGAGCGCGGAGCUCCGGCCUGCCGUCAAGUCCCCCAGCAGAACCAGCCUCAAGAACGCCCUCAAGAACAUGAUGGGCCUGGACUCAGAAAAGUGAUCACCCGCCCCAAGGCCCUGCCAGAGCAGGGGGACCUCCGGUCCUCUAUCCCCCGUCUAGGUGCUUUCCUCCUUAGCUCCCCAGCCCUGCCCUGCCCUGCCCUCACUUCCUUUUGAGAUGUAAGUUUCAUUCCAGACUUCCUUACCCAGGCACUUCAUAUUCUCCCCCACUUUCACCCCCUGGCUUUCUGGAAGCCCAGGCCCCAUCCUAUCUUCCCCUUGCCCCAAGGACUAUGUGUUUGGUGCCUGUUCUUCUGGCGCCGAGAAGAAAGGGACCUUGAUACCCCUGCCUCAAAUCCAGGCCACCUGAUGUUUCGAUCCCCUGCACCAGCUAGCCUGUCCCUCUGGCUCUCUUCUUUCUGACCCUCCCUCCCCUCCUUCAGGUGGUCAAGCUCCAUACUCUACCCUCCUAGCUAACACCCAGGUCACCCAAAUCAGACUCUCCUUCAGGGUUUAUUUAGGUUGUUAGUUAUUUUUUAUUCUUUAAUCCAUUCUUCUUUGUUUGUUUAUCUGUACCCAUGCUCUACCCUCCCCCCAUGACUGAGUACCAAUGACGUCAUGUGGCUUUUGCAAUUCUUCACCACCACCACCACCCCCCCUUUAAAUCCUUAAUGGAGAGCCAGCCCAAGCAGAGCAGCUCCUGAUCCUCAAACCUCAGCUACAGGAAUGGUGCCCCCUGACCACUCUGGAGCACUGUUCUGGGACUCAAGGUGACGGGAAUGGAGAGAGGGAGACAAAGGAUCCUCACAGGUCAGGGGUUGAGGAAGGGGCAAGUGAGCCUUAAGAAAUAGCUUUUAAAUAAUCAAAGAAAAAGCAGAAAAAACAAAUGGGAAAUAGGGGGAAAGGGAAGAGGUUGCACUCCCAGCCACAGGGGAUUCUUAAGAUUUUUCUACAUCCUGUAUAUUUCUUCUCAAACCCCCCAAAUGUCCUUAAAUGUUUAAUAAACACUGACAUUUCCAGAA